UGUGCCAUGCGCAUUAACGGUUGUUGUUGUUGAGCUGGUUGUUAUGGCUGAACAAGGCCUCGGACUCAAUUGAGAGAGGACCCCCGUACCACCCCCGUCUCUGCCACGGGACACCUGGCACCCAUGGAGGGCACGGACAUGGACGUGGACGCGGAGCUCAUGCAGAAGUUCAGCUGCAUGGGCACCACGGACAAGGACGUCCUCAUUUCGGAGUUUCAGAGGCUGCUGGGCUUUCAGCUCAACCCUGCCGGCUGCGCCUUCUUCCUGGACAUGACCAACUGGAAUCUGCAGGCUGCUAUUGGUGCAUAUUAUGACUUUGAAAGUCCCAAUGUCAACACCCCAUCUAUGUCCUUUGUUGAGGAUGUGACAAUUGGGGAAGGAGAGUCUGUCCCUCCAGAUACGCUGUUCACUAAGACCUGGAGGAUACAAAACACAGGUGCAGAGUCGUGGCCACCGGGCGUUUGUCUCAAGUACAUUGGAGGCGAUCAGUUUGGGCAUGUAAACACAGUUAUGGUGAAGUCGCUAGAUCCCCAGGAAAUAUCAGAUGUGAGUGUGCAGAUGCGAAGUCCCACAACUCCUGGCAUGUACCAGGGCCAGUGGAGGAUGUGUACUGCCACUGGAUUAUUUUAUGGAGAUGUAAUAUGGGUGAUUCUUAGUGUAGAAGUUGGAGGUCUUCUUGGAGUGACCCAGCAGCUAUCUUCCUUUGAGACAGAAUUCAACACUCAGCCCCAGCGCAAUGUGCAGGGAGACUUCAACCCUUUUGCCUCACCACAGAAGAACAAGCAUGAUGCCACUGACAACAGCUUCAGAGAUCCAGGUGGAGCCUGGGAACGCACGCAAGAGCCAAUCCAGCAAGAUCAGAAUGGACUGUCUCAUAAUGCUGUAAAUAGGGCGUCAAAUGGUCUCCAAACUAAUCUUUCUGUGGUAACUUAUGGACAGGGACCCUACCCAUUUGGACAGAGCUAGAAUGACAAAGACCCCUCUCCCCCAUGGUGAAUGAAGAGCUUAGCACCCUGGGAGUCCUUAAACACAGAGGAGUUGGAGGGGGGAGGAACAGUUGUUUUAUAUUGACUCAUGACAACCCUCUUCCAAAAACAACCCGUGGCCCUUUCCACAGAAACACAGAGGACAGUGAGGUGAUGGAUUACAUCAGCUGCAGUGAAACAUCCCACCUGACAUCAAACCUGGAUUCGCAUGUGUGAAUGCUUCAUUUAAGAGUGCUAUAAACCUUUACGAAUAGAUACACCUGACUAUUUUUUAUUUAUGUGGUUAAAAACGUGCCUAGUUAAAGUGAAAGUCACCCUAAACAGUUUGGUAUUCCCGUGGGCAGUUGAAUGCUUUCUCUCUUUGGGGUUCCUACCCAGGUCUAGAAAUAUAUUUUUUUAAAUAUGUUAGAGUAGUACAGGAAAUUCUAGUGGUCAUUCAUGUUGAAGCUUUACACAGUGUUUCAAAGAAGACUCAGAAUUGAACAAAAAAGGUGUUAUCUUUAUUCACCAUCCCCCUCAAAAAAAUGUAAAAAAUCUAAAUGUGCAGAAGUUUCAAACUCCUUUAGGUAAAACACAGAAGCAGAAAACUACACAUAAGAAAGGAAAGAAAGAAAACAUGCACAGGUCUUUGCCAGCUCUGGAAAAUCUUCACUUAAGUGCGUACAAAAAUGUAAGCCUCAAAGUUGCAUUCAUGUAUGAGAGAGAUGGGAAGCUUUCCCAUCAUCAACCAAUUUUACAUCACCAGACAACUGGUAGUAAUGGAUAUGGUGAUGCCGUGUUUAAAAUGUAACACUAUGUCCAAAGUGCCCCUGUUAUGCUCAUUUACAGCCUGAAUUGUUUUACAUGAUUUCAGUGUUCAAAAUAAUGUUCAAAUUUUUGGCACGCUCACAUCUUUUUGAGGCCCCUCUCAUGAGAAGCGAGGAAACCGUCUGAAAGCUGUUGACUGCUAACAAAAGGUUUUUUUAAACUGUUAGAAAUACAUUGUAUCGCUUCUGCCUUUUACUUUGACUCAUCAGCACAGCUGUUGUCUUCUAGCUAUGAUAAUGUUGAUCAUUGCUGUUAAAACACAAGGAUUUUUAGCCUUGUGAAAAAUGGCUGUACUGUGCUGUGUUUGUGUCACUAUUACAUGUAUGAAAUGUGUAAAUGAGGACAGCUUUUUUGGAGUUGGAAUAAUUCAGUUUGGCCUUUUUAACUCUGCAAACUAUUUACAUGCGCAGAAGAUAUGUAACACACUGGAGGGAAGGAGAAAGCACAAUAGGGGCACUUUAAUUUUGGCUUUGGCAACAAUGAAUAUCUGACUUUGGCUAAAGUGAGUCGUCCGUAUUUGUUUGGUUAAAGCUCCAGAAAUAUGGGAGCUUUUAGAAAAAUCACACAUUUCCAUUUGUAAUUCAAAUUUUAAGAAAUUCACAUGUAGGAAACUUGAAAUUCUCAAAACUCCAAUAUGACUCCAGCAGUUACUGCAUUGCAGCAUCACACUUUCCCCCCUGCUACGACUUGGCUUGUUAGACUGAUUGCUCCACAUACAGUCACUUUUCUUUGCAGUCCUUGAUUUGAGUUUAGUACUCACCCUUGAUAAUUUGGAGAUUUUAUGUUCUGCUGUCAUACAGAUUUGCACUGUAAGAUGGCUUGGAUGCUUCCAACAGAAGCCGUUUUCUCUCAUUACUACAGUUAACUUCAAACUAAGCAGGGUGGGACUUUGUGAAUCCAGGAUGCCAUUCAAUUCAAGUCAGACAACAUGCAUUUGACUUGUGUCGUCUGACAAAAUAUCUAAAGAAACAAGUCUUGUCCAAGUUUACAUAGACUAUUAAAAGCUAAGACUUCCUGCCCUUCUGCAUAUAAAUAUUUGUAAUUCUUGUGUAGGAACCCAGUUUCUUCCAAAGACAAAAUCCAGAGAGACCAGACACUAAUGGGUGGCAUCAUCCGCUGCAUAGUCUGCAGGUGCAUAAUUGAAACUGCAUGGGACAAGGGUGGAGUUUAUUUUAUUAUUAUUUUUGUUUGUUUUGUUUUGUUUAGGGUGGGUUUCGCUUUUAAUGGAGGCUGAAGCGCAAAUGGAUGUGAGUAAGCUUGAAUAUGUGAGUUGUGAGGAAAGGUUGAUAAAGCCAUCUAAAUCUAUUUUGCCUGGUGAAUGACUGUAGUAUCUGAGUCCAUGUCUACAGUACAUGUACUGAGUAUAUAUAUAUAUAUAUAUAUGUGUGUGUAUGUAUGUAUGUGCCUGCCUGGUGCGUGUAAAUGUUUAUGGUUUCUCUUUGGAUUGAACUGACAUAAAUGGUGUAUACUACUUGGGGCAAGGAUGACUUGACACAUGCACAUCAUUACUGAGAGAGCUUUAAUAAGUGUGUACCUCAGAAGUAUUUUUGAGUGAUUCUGCACCAAAAAUUCACGCAUCAAAAAAGUCCCAGAUGUUAUUUAUUUUGUCUUUUUCUCUGUGCUACAGAUUUAAUAAUUCCCAUUCGUAGCCAGCAGGUGGUGCUAAAAAUCAGAAGACCAAACUACACCAGACUUGUGAGUGCU